AUGCCCCAGAGCCGUCAAUAUGCAAGCCACACCCCGGCAUAUUUACAAUUGGAUCCUCCUCGCUGGUGGGAAUUCACAAAUUGUCUUGUCUCAUCGUCUCAGCCCGCCCCGGGCGGCGGGCGCGAGAUCUCGGCGAACGGCUUCAAUCCAAUCGUGGCUGAGUAUACUGAGGCUCAACUUGACAGCGCUUGCUCAACCGCCGAGAUUCUUUGUCACGCGAUCGAUGAAUCUUACGACUUCGAGUCUUCCUCAAAGAUUUUUACUCGAGCAGUCGAUUAUCUUGAGAGCUCCUUCGACUUACCAACCCCCUAUUUCCCAUCUUUUGCCACCGUUCGCGAUAUCACACACCUCGGUCACCAACGUUCAGACAUGCAGCGUUUCACCUGCGGUACCGUCCACGUUGUUCAGACCACGCACCCGCAAACCCUCAUCCGUCCCAACCUAAGAAAAGAAGAACCCCUGCGAACAUCCUCCGCUCUUUUCUUCCCACUGAUCGUCCUCACCCUCUGGGCCUCUCCAUCUCCUGGUUUUGAGCGCUCACAUCUUUUUGCACGAUGCGAUAGAUAG